AACCUGUUGCCAAUGUCAUAUGCACAGAUUACAGACAGUUACAGAGUAACCACAGAACAUACCCCCUAUAUAGGGGGGAUAUUUUGUGAGAGUAACCUCUGUGAUCUGUGGCCAUAUGAUUGUGUUUUCUAUUAUCUUAUCUGCAGUGUUACCGGCAAUGUAAUUAAGCAAACCGAAUAAACAAUAGAAAUAAUCUCCCUUAGAACAGUGCUGCUACGUAGUGCAUAUCUUUCUAAAACAUGUCUGAAUCAGUGCCAUCUCCACAACACCCUGAACCUUCCACAUCAACGGUGACCCUGGUCGAAACCAGUGAUGAACAGGAUCAUGCUGUUCCGCGAAUAACCGUCAAAUUGAAAAAGCCUAAAAAAGGCAGGAAAGUCCAGUGGAGCACAGAAACUGUAGAUAAUGAAAAUUUAGGAAAGAAAAAAUCAAAAUGUUGUUGCAUAUACAAGAAACCCAGAGAAUUCGGUGAAAGUUCUUCAGAUGAAUCCGAUGAUGAAUGCGAGCAUUGCCAAGGGCACGUGGAGAAGAAAAAGACGGAGGAACCAGCGGCAACUGAAACUGACACGCAAGAACGAGAUGUUCCCAGUUCUGGUGAGCCAGGAGCAAACACCACAGGGUAAUAAAUCACACUCGUUUCAAACACGAUAGUUGGCAUUUUGGUUUUCAAGUAUUGCGUUUGUGCAUAAGUGUAAUGUUUCGUCAUUAAAGGCAUUUAAAAUUGCAAGUCAGAAAUUGAAAAUCUUUUAAUUUUCACUGUGAUAGCGUGUAAGCCAUGUGAUGUUACUGGGUUUCGAAUUGAAGAAUGAACUGUGUUACCAGUUAUCAUUGAAAAACGUUUGAAUAAAAUGUGUUGUUGAUUGUGCUAUCAUUA